AUGCCACGGCCUUCAUCUGCACAAACAGAAACCGAUGAGGGUACCGAUGUGAUUCUUCUGGAAGAGUACGAACGACUUCAGCAUCAGUUACGGAUUAUUCAAAAUGAAAGACAAAAACACUCUGAGGAAACAAAUGUGAAAAUGGGCAGAUACAACCAUGAAAUAGAUAUGUUGGAGAAAGAGAACGAAGAGUUGCAAACGUGGUUGACUCUGAUCAACAGUGAACAAAAUAGGAAGAAAGAUAUGAAAGCCAUUGAAAUUCUGAAGAACAUUUUGUCUGAACAGGAUGCUUUGAACGAACAAAUAGAAGAGGUCAAACGAUAUAAUGAACGUCUGGAUGCGGAGAUGCGAAAGUACGAGAAGAUGAUUCGUGAGAAGCAGCGAGAGAGACGCGAACAAAUGCGGCUGGAAGCGGAGACCGGUGAAUUGAAAUGGCAAAUCGAACGUAAAACAUCCACCAUGGAAACUAACUUGCAUACUAAAACGGCCAAAUUUUGUGACACGUUGGCACAAAAUGAGGAACUGAAGCAUGAAAUUGAGAAGUUACGCAAUCAACGAAAAAACUAUAUGGCUUUGCAUAAAAAGCUGUCGGAAAAACUGGAUGAAAUAAACAAACGGAAAACCAAAGUGACACAGCUUGCCACAAUCGCUUACGAUCAUCGUGAUGAUGCCAAAAACAAACGCCUGGCUCUGGCAGAGAAAAACGAGAAGGACAAUGCUGCUUACGAGGCCGAAGUGCGCGAACUAAAGCGCAUAAUAGACCACGAUGAGCAAUUGUACAAAUUCAUGACCAUUAAAUCAGACGAACGAUUAGAGUGGAAACGGGAGGCUGAAAAGCGUCGACAGAAGCAUGGUGCAGACGGUGAAAUAGCAAGAAAACAACAACAAAAGAAGAUCGAGGAGUACACUGAUGCUAUGCAUAGAAUACAGGAAAUCACAGAAACGGAAGAGGUGGAGACUAUAUUGCGCAUCUAUCGUCGAAAAGAGGAAGACAAUUUCACCAUAUUUAACUAUGUGACGGAGUUAAAUAAUCAGAUUGAGGAUUUGAACGAAGAAAUGGCUAAAUUACAAGAGUCAAUGAAAGCCUGCAAUAAGUCGAAAGAAAAUGUCGAGGCAGAGAAACACGCCAUUAUGCAUCAGUUGGAACGUCAAAUGAAUGCGGACAAAGAAGCGGCAGAUGCGGACGAAUUACGGACAACACAAAUUCACAAGAUUAUUGAUCAGGUGAAAUCCCAGGUGAAACAUUUGACAAUCAAGUUGGGCUGUGAUGUGAAAAAAAUCAAAGAACGUGUCGGUUCUGAAGGGGAAGAUGUGACUGAGGAAAACCUGAUGCUCUAUUUGCGUGCACUAGAACAAAGAGUGGAUGAACUUUUAUCAAUCAAAUGUUUUUCGAUGACAAAAGGUCAUGUUGAUAGCGAUAGAACGGAAGAUAUGAAAUCAGGAAUCACAUUGAGUUUACUCAAUGCACCCAAGUACUCUAAAGACUUGGUGAUGUCGUUGCCUUCGCUCACAGAUGAAGAAGAAGAAUACGCGGAUGGACAGCACGUUUCCCUCAGACCGCUAUCGCAUACGGAACUGGUGCAUCGGGUAGUCAAGGAGCUUCAAAGACAUGAUGGAGUGGUUGAAGUCCCCACGCAGCGCUCCUCCAGUCGAGGUGGAACGGAUGUCCGAAAACCGAAAAAAUGA